AUGAGAAAGCUAUAUAGGAAACUCGUGAGGAAAAAUGUCAAUUCGCAUUCGGGAAGGAUGUUUAGCGAUAGAAAAUGGAUUAUCCCAUUUCUUGCAAGCUUAUUGGUAUCGGUUACAUUGUUUGUCUCUGCCAUUUUUUGGUUGUACAACGCUCCUAACGGUGGAGAUGAGUUGUCGUUUGACAUUAUUUCCUUUGCUAGAGCAGAGGAGUCUACUGGGUACUUUGUAGAAUCAGAUUUAAAGAAAUCGAUCAACACGAGUGGAUAUUCAAACAUGGAACCAGCUAGGCUAGCGUAUCUUAUUUCGGGGACGAAGGGAGAUAGUAAUAGAAUGACGAAGACCUUGCAGGCAGUGUAUCACCCCAGGAAUCAGUAUGUUCGGCAUUUGGAUCUCGAGGCUCCGCCGCGAGAAAGGCUGGAAUUUAGUAAUAUGGCAAAGAAUGAUCCGACUUUUCGUGAAGUUGAGAAUGUGCUUGUGAUGUCGCAAUCGAACUUGGUAACAUACAAAGGUCCUACUAUGAUAGCCUGUACCCUUCAAGCAAUUGCAAUUCUUUUGAAGGAGAGCUUGGAGUGGGAUUGGUUUCUAAACCUGAGUGCCUCUGAUUAUCCCCUUGUGACUCAAGAUGAUUUGCAGCAUGUCUUCUCCAUUUUGUCGAGAGAUCUUAAUUUCAUUGAGCAUACACAGAUUGCUGGUUGGGAAGCUAUAAGAACUAGCGCCUUUACUUGUCUAAGAAGUCUGACAUUGCUUGGACCACUCAACGCCGAUCACUGCCCACAUCUUUCAAGUUGUAUACAGUUUCUCGAACCAUUGGCCGAUUGCUUUCUCGUUGCCACUUUGAUUUAUGUCACUGACUGUGUUAUCUUGAAGUCUCGAAUGUUGUUCUAUAGUCAUGGACCGAUAAGGAUGGUUGUGUUUCGCCUGCUUAUUUCUCAGCCGUGA